AAGGUCACCACCGCAGCAGUAAUAUAGUACAGUACACAGAGAGAGAAGUCUUCAAAAUGGCUAAACAACGGUCAGCAGAAGCUCCCCCAUUUAGAGAGAGGGUGUACACCACUCUGUACAGACUGAGAUACGGGUGGCAGUUUCGAUCAAGUGUGGAGAUCUCUAAGGAAGAGCCGAUUUGGGUCCUGGGGACGAAUUACUAUGACGACCCAGAAUCUGGUGACAAGCAUCGUGAUGUUGAAGGAGCACCUCCACACGUCAUGGCCUUCAUGGAGCAUUUCUACUCUGUACCCUGGAUGACUUACAGGUCCAAUUUCCCCCCCAUCUCCAACACGGCCCUGACUACAGACUGUGGGUGGGGCUGUAUGGUACGCAGUGGACAAAUGGUCCUAGCUACGGCCCUCAACAGACACAUGUUGGGCAGGGACUGGAGGCUGCCCACCUCCUCUGACAAAGACAAGGAUAUCCACGCCAAGGUGAUGUCAUGGUUUGCUGACUGCCCCAGUCCUCAAGCACCAUUCUCCAUGCACGCACUCAUGGACCAAGCUGUUCGUCAUGACAACCAUCCUGGCGACUGGUUUGGACCCUCACAAGUCUCUGUUAUAAUGAGGGAGUGUAUGAAAGUUGCCAAGACAGCUAUUCCUGAUCUGAAGAACGUGCAGGUGUAUGUUGCUUACGACUGCACAGUGUAUGUGAAGGAUGUGCUUCAGCUCUUCCAUGACCAGUAUGAUGAGGCCCUAGUGUUGCUGGUCCCAGUACGACUGGGCAGUGAGACCCUGAACUCCAUCUACAUCCCGUGCAUACAAGGGCUGCUCUCACUCGACUGCUGUGUGGGGAUCAUAGGAGGACGACCCAAACACUCUGUCUACUUCAUUGGCUUUCAAGAUGACAAGCUGAUUCAUCUCGACCCUCACUACUGCCAAUCUGCACAGAUCCUGGAGGAUGGCGACGACCCCUGUCAGUUUGAUACCAAGACUUACCACUGCCCCACCCCCCGUAAAAUAUUGGCCAAUAAAAUGGACCCUUCCUGCACUAUUGGGUUUUACUGUAAAGGGCUGGCAGAGUUCCAUGCUCUGAGAGAAGAGGCAGAGAAAGUGCUUGCUCCUCCAAAGCAGAAAGGUGUGUACCCUUUCUUCACAUUCAUGGACAAAAGCAUCGGGGAGACCAUCGACACAUCUGUUGACAUGCAGCUGGGCUCUCUCUCGGGCAACGACCUGUUACUACAUGCUGACGAUUUUGACAACCUCGAAUUUCAUUCCGCUUCAGAUGACGAGGAUUUUGUGGUGGUGGAUUGCAAGGCUCCAACGCAGCGGAGUUUUAGUGAUCCCGGAUCAACUGUUAAUAGUACCACUCGUGUAGUGCCUGAAACCAGUCGAACACUGUCGGAAAUUAACACACCAUCGAGGGACGAUUCAAGCGAACCUAUAGACACUAUAGCUAACGAGGAACUAGACAAUUUUACUGACGUUUCAGGUCAUACUAUAAUGAGUGAAUUUGAAGAUUUGUCUAACGUUUGAUUUGUUAUUUGUUUUUAGUGGCUGCAUGCAUGUGUGUCUGAUUGUUGUUGUACCCACAUUAAAUUUUUACUCGCAUGUCUUUCUAAAAUGUUUUGGUUAAUUGCAA